AAUACCCAAGACAACAGGAAUGGCUGUCUCGGUUCUUCGCCUGAUGGCUGUCCUGGGACUGAGUGCCCUAAUCCUGACAUGCCAGGCAGAUGACAAUCCAGAUGAGAAACCAGACAACAAGCCUGAUGAUUCUAGUAAAAAUCCAGAGCCAGAAUUCCCCAAAUUCUUAAGCAUUCUGGGUUCAGAGAUCAUUGAGAAUGCAGUGGAUUUUAUCCUUCGCUCCAUGUCCAGGGGAUCAAGUUUUAUGGAAUUUGAAGACGACCCUGGACAGCAACCUUCAAAAGUAACCUCCUAAGG